AGCAUGACGGUUGAAUGCUGACCUUUGGGCACCAAAAACGCUGACCUCUGCUUCCUACUCAUCCAUUUAUUAAUAUCACGACACACUGACUCGAAUACGGUAAUGUGGUGACAAAAAAUGGGAUUUGUUUCAUUGGCAUAUGAAAGGAAAGAGGUAAUGGAGUGAAGAAAAAUGGCCCGAGAAUACAGCCUUGAGGAACCUCACAUGUGAUCUUCUGAGAGUUUACAUUGUUUCCGAUCCACAUUUUAACUCGGAGUCGGAGCAAAUGGAGAUGUCACACAUAAAUAUGACAUCAGUGAGCUAGAAAAAAAAUGACAAAAAUCACUAACUGAGAUCCCGCUUUACAGAUUAUUCAGAUUCAAGCAGGAGGAUGACGUCAUCGGCAUAACAGAUACAUCAACAGGCUGUUAAAAACAGCGUUGGAGGCUCAGGUCAAGAUGAAUAAAAAUAGAGCACUAGAGCUAAAAGAGGACUGUUUGCAACUUGAGUAACUCACCAUGACUAUGUGUGGAGUGCAAACAGACCUGGCUCCUGCCUGCUUUGUGGUGUUUCACAAUUAAAUCAUGAUAACAGAGAGAAAACAAUGACAAUAAUAAAAAAGUUUUCAUGUACUUUUUUCUAGACUUGGUAGUAUUUGUGCAACAUUAACACAUAUGAUAAAGAAAACAAUGUACAUUUUAAAAAAAACAACUAAAUUGUUCGGUUUUAUCGUAAUGCAAAAAAAGUUUUGGCACUUUUUUUUAUGGGAUAAACGCGAGAUCGGUGAACCACUGCUGAUGGCAGAGAGAGCUUCAGCUUUGAUUUCAGACGGUGUGCUUUUGCAUCCUCCGUUAUGGAGGCGCUGACAUGUGCAUUGGUGUGUGUGUGUGUGUAUGUGUGGGUGAGGUCGUGUGUGCGUGUGCGCGCGCGUGUGUUUGAACGUGUGGCCCCUCCUCCGCCCCUCCGCUGCUUUUCGCCGCUGAGCUGAGAGCGCAGCAGCUCGGAGAGCGCAGCAGCCUGUGCACCGCUUUGACUUCGCGCGCGCGCACGCGCGGAACUUGCGGAGGGGGUCUCGGUUUCAGCGGAGGGACUACUUUGUCUCUUCUUAUCCGUGUAGAUGACACAGGAGUAGAGGUUUUGGAGCUGCCGAUGAGCGCGUUUGAGGUGCUUCCUGCUGGUGAAGAGAGGGGGAACUAGUCUGUGGCAGCCAGGCGGAUAACAAAAAUGAAAUUCCUGAUCUGUGUGCUGACUGUCUCCUGUGUGCUGAGAUCUACGCACGGAGGUGGAAAGUCUGAUGAACCGUGUGCAGGCCUGGACUGCAGCAGAGGGUGCAAGUGCUUCCCAGAGAAAGGCAGCAGGGGUCGUCCUGGGCAAAUGGGUGAGAUCGGACGGCCCGGACCGGAUGGGCCACAAGGGGGCAUAGGGCCUCGAGGGCCUAAAGGAGAGAAGGGCCACAUUGGACUUAAAGGACCAUCUGGGGACAAAGGAGACAAAGGACCAAUGGGAGUGCCUGGAUUUCGAGGAACUGAUGGAGUGCCUGUAAGUAAAUCAGAAACAAAUAGUCGAUUUCUUUCAAUGUGGUUUUGGUACGUUGGACUGAAUGUCAUCCCAGUUUACUCUCAGUCCAGUUUGAGCUAGCAGUGAUUUUCUUGG